AUGAGACGUCACUGCGCGCGCCACAUGCUGUUGCUGGGCUGCGAUGGCGGCUGCCUCGGAGUGUCAGUCGGAGGACCCGCAGUGGAGCUUUGUGCGAGUUCUGGAGAAGCGGGAUGGCACGGUGCUACGACUGCAGCAGUACGGCUCCGGCGGCGUGGGGUGCGUCGUUUGGGACGCUGCCAUUGUGCUUUCUAAAUAUCUGGAAACGCCCGAGUUUGCUGGAGAUGGGGCCCAUGCGCUGAGCCGGCGGUCGGUGCUGGAGCUGGGUUCGGGCACCGGGGCCGUGGGGCUCAUGGCCGCCACCCUCGGGGCAGAUGUUGUAGUCACCGAUCUUGAGGAAUUGCAAGACUUGUUGAAGAUGAAUAUUAAUAUGAACAAGCAUCUUGUCGCCGGUUCUGUUGAAGCCAAGGUACUGAAAUGGGGGGAAGAAAUAGAAGACUUUCCUUCUCCACCAGACUACAUACUGAUGGCCGACUGCAUAUACUAUGAGGAGUCUUUGCAGCCGUUGCUGAAAACCCUAAAAGAUCUCAGUGGAUCUGAGACUUGUAUUAUAUGUUGUUAUGAACAACGAACAAUGGGAAAAAAUCCAGAAAUUGAGAAAAAAUACUUUGAGCUUCUUCAACUAGACUUUGACUUUGAAAAAAUUCCUUUGGAAAAACAUGAUGAAGAGUAUCGAAGUGAAGAUAUUCAUAUUAUAUACAUCAGAAAGAAAAAAUCGAAAUUUCCUUCAUGAAACCUUUAGUCGUCUUGCCCAAGCCUCUAACAACCUGGGUAAACUAAAGAUGUGAAUGGAGCAUGUGAGUACAGCAUGGGAAGAUUGUGUUCACUGAUUUUCCCAGCAUGUCCUUAGAGAUUCGAUAUAUAGAUGACAACUACCGUGGGCUGCCUGCAACACAAAAAAAUGCCUGCCUGCUUGUCUGCAAUGGGCCUGAAAUCAGCUUAGGUUACUUAGCUCAGCAUCACGUUCUGCUUAAAAGAAAUCUUGAGAAUCAGUUACUUAACAAAAAUUUGUAUUGAGAUUAAGCUAAAGUCUGCCAAAAUUAAACAGCAAAGCAGAAUGGUUGACUUGACAUAUUUUCAGGAAACUAUAGAGUUAAAUUUCUAGAGAGGGAUAUUUAUUAUUGCGUAAUAAUGUUUUCAGUUCAAAUCAGUAAAUCACAGUUUGUCUAAUAAAUCAAUAAAAUCUGAAAGGUUUUCAUUCUGUACAUAACUGUGCAAUAGUGUUUAUCAUGAAUCUUCCACUUCAUUUUCUAAAAACUAUCUUUAAUCCUUAAUGUUCUUUUACUUUAAAAGAAAAGCUGGAAAUAGUCAUAUAUGCUUAAUUGGCCAAAGUUGUUUUCCUCCAUCAUACGUAGCUAUGUGAUUUAAGUAGUAAAUCACUAUUAUACUGUAGUGAAUUGCUAAGAAGAUAAAUCAGGUGAUUGGAGAAACAAAAAGUAUCUUUACAAACUUUUUCAUCUGAGAAUAAGAACUGAAAGCCAAUUUCAGUUUUAGGUGUCUGUGUGCCUUGUGCCCUUUCCUCUGUGUAUAUCUUCUACGAAAGUCUUGCUUAAAACCACAGUUUAUGAACUUAUUCACAGGAAACAGUGAAAGGUUUUUUAAAUAGCAACAAAUGUAGUUCUGUACACAUUUAUCAAAUGAAUUUUUAUUCUGGGUCAUCUUUAUUUUAUGUCAUCAUGGUAAUUAUUCACAUAGACUGAUGUGUCUGGACUUUAGUCAUAACAGUUCCAAAGGGAAGUAAGUAACCAGGUGGAAUUCUGAUAUUUAUGGACAUUGGUACUAGAUGGCAUGUUUUGUGUGUUAAAAUAAACAUUG